GAAGAAGAAAGCGUUGCGCUUGGUCUGCCAUUGAUUUGGCGGUCACGCAUUUCCAGCCGUAUAGCUCGUUCGUUCUUUCUUCGUUGUUGCACGCACGAAAGUUUAUGUCACACAACGACACAUUCCUGCACAACAGCAGACAAACGCGGCAGCAGACACGCUAUGAAUCGUCCAAUCCGUUUCGUCGUGUGCCGGACCUUGCUGCUUCCCCCUCCCCCAGUAGACGGGGCGUCAUCACUCCCAGCCCCAACACAGCGAAUAAGGCGCUGAAGAAUGGCGCCAGCCCCCGUUCGGGACCUUCACGCGCACCACCGUUGUCAAAGCAUGCGAUGAGUAGUGCGGGCGCUGGCGUUGCUGGCGGUAACGCGUCCGCUGCGGCGUACACAGGGGCAGCCAUCCUCAGCACCUACACGAACCGCCGCAAGGUGCUGCAAGAAGCUUCAGCCCUGUCGUCGCACAUGCAAAAGCAGGUGGAGGAGGUGGUGGAGAUGGCGGAGGAGCAGCGGCUGCUGUCGCAAGCCUUCCGCAGUCGUCACAAAAUUGCUGAACAGGAGUACGCCGAGGCACACGCGCCGCAGACGCAGCGAAAGAAGCAGCAGCAACAUCAACAAGCGACGGAGGCAGUGUCUAGUGCGUCCGCCAGCAACAGCGCGCCGGGCAGCUCCCCCAGUCCGGAUGAGUUACUGCUCCCCGUGGGAGGCGCUGACGGGUCUGCGGCGGCGGUAGGAGGCACCGACGGUGGUGGCCGGCUUUCCCGCACACUGGAAUCAGGCAUGGCGGAUGGGUACGGCGUGGUGCUCGAAGGUGCGCCGGACACGAAGCGACUCUUGCAGCAACAAAUGCUCGACAAGAGCGAAAUACUGGGGAAGAUGCGGGGAAUGCAACUCGCAAUUCAGGAGCUCAGCGCGGAGGCCAUCGCGGAGGAGGAGCCCUGGUUUGCAUGCUCGCGAUUCACCUCCGACGCGGCGGUGACGGCCAAUACAGAUGACCCCACGGAGGCGGCGGAAGAGAAGGGAGGCAGCGAUGACGUCCUCACCCCAGCCAAAAAUGUACCACAAGACGUGCUGAGCAAGUUAGAUGCGAUUCGUGAUCUCCGCAUGGCAUUGAAAGACAUGCUCGACGCACGCCGACCCCACGCCACUGUUUGCACGAGCUACGGUGGAACCGGUGCCGGCGUCGGUCUUGGUGGUGUCCCAGGCGCGGUCAACACGUGGAUCGAGCAGGACGCAAUGUAUACCCCUCCUGCCCCGUCGCAAGUCUUCAGCACCAGCGCUUUGGCCGUCACACUGGAGUACAUGAGCGACAGCAUGGCGAGUAUCGCCCGCCUCGCCGAUGAGUUCUGCGUCGCGACGACGUUUCGCGCGCGCACGGAGCGAAUUGUGCUGCUGCCGCACCUGCGCUCCCUGGCGAAGUGGACGGCGCAGGCGGAGCGGUGCCUCGACACGGCGCAGCGACACCUGCGGCACUUCCUCGUGGGCGAGGCGGCUGUGCUAGAGGGCGGCUCCUUCGAGGUGAACAGCCUGCAGGAGCAGACGCUGAUGCUAAAGGAGUCGCUGACGGCGCAGGACCAAAAGGUGAAGUCGAUGACGGAGGCGAUGGCGGCGGUGCUGCAUCGACUGCGCGAGGUACGGCAGCGCUGUCGAAUGUGGGAGCUGUACCUCUUGCACCGCCAGUCGGAGAGCGGCCGCGUGGACAAGUCGCUUAAAUCGCCGCUCCUCAGUUCCCUCGAGCGCGCGCGGGGGAACCGGUCUGUAACGUCUCCGAACACGCAGUCCAACAGCGAUCUCGCCGUGCGAACCUCACAUUCUUCUGACGGUGCGGUAACGACGAGCACGUUUGGCAAGACUGGCAUUCACACGUCCGGCGACGCCGCUUUCUCUUCACUUCUCGUUCAUGGAGGCCGUGGCACCGAGAGCUACACCCACGACAAGGCGUUGCAGCAGUCAGCACGCGCGUGGGAUGCGGAGGGGAAUGACGCCUCGCCCUUGCGGAGAGUACCACCACCCUCCAUUUUAAAGGACUUCCUCCCAUCGCAGUCCGCCGCUGCUGCUGCUGCGGCGUACACCGCGCCUCCAGGAACGAUGUGGGCACGAAGCACCACCAGCCCCCCCUCGCCGUCCACGAUGGAUCGAAUGGAGCGUCGCAUUGCGCAGUCGUGGGGAAACCCGUACGUGCGGAAACGGCUGCUCCGCCAGAGUGCCGACGCCGCCGGUGCCCUUCCCAACGCACAAGAGCAGCUCGUACAACAACAACUGCAUGGUGGGACGGUGCACUCCUCUUUGACCCCAUUUCCAGUGCAACGAAGUGGGGAGGGCAUGCACUUCAACGGGCUUGCCCUGCCGCACUCCGCUUCCCCCAUUGACGGCAGCCUCCACAAACGAAAUAGCUUCGACCGCUCGUGGGCCACACCAAGCGGCGACGGCCUCUCCGCUGAUUUCCACUCCCCGGACCUGCUUCAUUUUCCCUCACAGCUGCAACUGGAUGGCUCCUCGCCGAUCGCGCCAUAUCAUACAGCAUCCGGCAACGCCUCUCGUCCUUUUCCGCAUUGCUCGCAGAGUGCGCCGCAACGACGCAGCCAGGUCACCGUAAGUCCCCUGCAGUCGUCUUUUCCAGGGGCGGGGGAGGGUGGCGAUCGGCACCGCAUCAGCCGCGCCUUUUGCUCCAUCACUACGGCAAUCAACGGAUUGGUGGGUGUGGAGGAGGCGGACAUUACGGAGUUGGCAGAUGUGCGCACCCUGCAGCUCCUCCAAAGCCUUCUGCGCAGCGUCCCACUGACCUCUGUGCAGCCUCGGCCAGGAUGGGAUGCGAAGGACGGCAACGAUGCGCAUGCGACGGCAGAGCCGGCGGUGGUAGAUGUGAUGUCAAGUGACGUGACGCGUGAGUUGUGCCGGCAUAGCAUUCAGCGCCUGCUUCAGUUCUUCAAGGCGCAAACAAGGCCGCCGAAUCAGAAUCAACUGUUCUCGCCGUAG